CCUCUCGCCCGGAAACCAGCCCACCCACACCAACACACUCACACUGCCCUGCCCUAUCGCAAUUUCCAUUUCCAUCUCUCCUCCUCUCCUCCUCCACCUCGUCCUACAAAUGCGGCGCAGGACGAGAGUCAGAGCGGAGUAGUAGCAGACGAACACGACGACAUCGGAGCGCUCUUGUCUCCUCCUCGUUUCUUCUGCUCCCGAGUCAAGCAGAUCCUCCAAGCCCAGCGAGGGGGCGGGCGCGCCGCCGCUGCCGUUGUUGUUGUCGGCCGCAGCGCAGACAUGGACCCGUCCGGCGGCGGCGGCGGAGUCGGAGUCGGAGGCAUCGGCGGCGGUGAACAAAUUCUUUGGGACUGGCAAGCGGCGGAGCAGUGCGAGAGCAAUGCUGCAAAUCAUGAUGUUUCUAGAUUCAUGUGGGACUGCCUCAAUCAAGAUGAUGAUGACCUACUGGGAUUGCUGGGCAAUCAAACUCCUCUAAGAGAUUGUCGCGGCUUCUUUGAUAUUGAUGAUUUCACCUGCAAGGAGACGUUGGACCUAGAGGAAUCUCGGGAAUCAAAGCGCCGCCGCAUAUUGGAGUACCCUUCUGAGUCUAAUCAAUCAGAAGAUGGAAAUCGUGAAAUAAGUUCUACCUUGGGCACAUCUGAGGUAUCAGAAAUUUCAUUGCUUUGCACCGAUGAACCGCAGAGCUUCAAUUGGGAUUCACAGAACAAUUCAAAUAAUUUUGAUUCUUUGUCAACUGGAGCAUUCUACCAACCAUCAAAUAGUCAUUCGAAAAAUUGCUCUGAUGAAAAUCAAAUGCAUUUCAGGCAUGACCAAAUGCAUUCUAGCCAGGAGAGCGUUACAUAUACCAAUGAUCAAAGUGGUAUUUCAGGAACAACUGAGAAUGAUUCAGUGACAGAAAGUCUUCUAAUGCAGGAGACUAGGAAGCUUUCUACACUUAAAGUAUCUAAAGGAACCUCACUGGUUAAGGCGAAGCAGAAUUUAACUACAACUAUAGCAUACCCUUUUACCCUCAUCAAACCAUCCUGGGAGGAAGGAGAUGUCAUCACUCUAAAGGAUAUAAAUCAGCGAAUCCGUGCUCCUCCGAAGAAGGCUCCAGAAACCCUAGGGACUUCAGCCUUCUCUGGCAAGCCAGUCAUUGGCAAGACAAGGAUCAGAACUGACGGGGGCAGAGGCAGCAUCACGAUACUAAGAACAAAAGGUUGAGAGUCCAAACAACAAGUUUCUCAGCCAUUACCUGGAUUGCUUUCAGCAAUUUGAUCUCCACAGCUCUCCAGUUUUUUUUUUUUUGGCCAUGGAUUUGGUAUUUAGGAUGACUAUCAAUGGCUAACUCUUCAAAGAUUUACCAUUCAUCCUGUGUACAUUAGCGGCAUGCGGCUAAUGUUAAAUAUAUGAGAGUUUUGUGUUCAGAAACCAUGUCCCUCUACUCAUCUAACUUAUGUUGGAUGUUGUUCAGGGUUUUCUCCCAUUUUUCUGAAUAGUUGUCCAUUCUCAAAUGGACGCGUGUAAUCGGGAAACAUUUGAUUAUUUUGUUGCUUACAAUAUAUAGCACAGAUACAGGUGAGUUUAUAUA